CGUAGCAAGAGGUACACGCACACAUCACGCUAACGGACAAGGACAUCUCAGGGGAUAUUGUACAUUCUGAGAAUGGCCGAGUUUAAAUGUCUUUCCUGGUUGCUGACAUGUACCUACCUGAUCUGUGUUUGUAACUGCCAGGACAGUAUUGUGUCUGUCAUACAAAAAAUGGACCAGUUUGAGGAAGAUCUGUUUCAUAACAAGGAGGACAUGAUCCGUAUGGAGAAAAGGAUACGAAAUAUCAUAGAUGUCGCUGAGACAUCAUUGAGAGCUGAAUUGAAGGAAAACAUACGGGAUCAGGUGAGAGAAGCCAUGGCCGAGAUUCUACAAGGGGAGUCUCUUCAAGACAUGGUGAAAAGUCAGGUCGUCUCUGAAUUGCGGCAUCUGAAACAGGGCUACCAUCAGAUGAAGAGACAGUUGCUUCAUGUCUCAAGAUCCCUCAAAGACUUCCAGGACGAGUCGGGUGAAUUUCAUGAAUCUGUGCUGAAGAAAGCAGAUGUGUGGAAUCGAGAAAACUCAAGUGAUACAUGUGUCAGAGAUAAACACAGACUGGAAAUAGAACUACGGAACAGGGAUAUUUGUGCUGCUGAUCUCCAGAAAAAUAUUGAACGAUUCAUGGUAUUGAACGAGACAUGCCAGUCCCAAAUAUCACAACUCAAAACAGCUCUUGCUGUGCCUGCUUCAUCCCCCGCCCCUGUAAAUGUCACCUCAACCCCCAAAUCUCCAGUGUCAACCACGUCAGUGACGACACCCAGGCCAGAGGAGGAGAGAAGUAGGAUCCUGAUUGCUCCAGGCUGGUCAUCCACCCAGCACCAGUUCCGUCAACUCAACAUUCACAAUAACUCACUUAGUGUCUAUCAGUAUCACACCAUGAAGCGUGUGACAUGUGUUGCAUUCGUAGCAAAGACAAAGAAACUUCUGAUAGGAUUAUGGAGCCCUGUUAAGAUAAUGUCAUCUACACUGGAUACAAUUCACGUCGCGGUGCUGAGAGAAGGUGUACAUACAUAUGGCAUGGCAGUGGAUGAAGAUCGGGACAUUGUAUUCAUAGCCGCAGAUAAACCACAAAUGUCAAUCAGUCGCAUGUCUACACAGGGUAAAGACUUUACUGCCAUCAUUGACUUAUCCAAGUACGGAAGCAAUACAAGGCAAAUAUCACUUGACACAAGGAGAAAGAGGAUAUAUGGGUGUAAUCACGGGAAACUGUUCACUAUGACCUAUGAUGGUCAAGGUCUGGCAACAUUAGCCACAGGAAGUAGGAUGUAUGCUGUAACCCUAGAUCAGACAGCUGGUGUGUUGUAUUAUAGCAUUGAGAAGAAACUGAUGAAGAUGACAGUGUCCACUAAUGUGAGUACAGAGGUGACCACACUGAGCGCCUUUCCCUGGAACAUGAGACUGUAUAGAGGCACCAUCUACUUCAGUUGCUAUAGUUCUCCUAUUGUAGGUGCAGUGGAUGUGACAUACAACACUGUUGCAUACACUCUCAAGUCAUUAUCCAUGAAGGGGGCUGGUGCUUUACUUAUGUGUUUGAUUCCCUGAAUGCUACAAUGGGUAUUCUA